UAAAUAAACACAACACAAGAAAUUGAAAAGUCUAGUACUAGCAUCGAUCUCUCUCUGAACUUAAUUCACAGUACUACAGUCAUGCAACAAAACAGAAAGCCGGCAACGGCGAAACCCGCCGGUAUCAUCAGCCCUCAGUAUUGUUCUCCGUACAAUGUUGACCUUGCAGUUGUGAGGAAAGUCACGGCACUAGCUGAUAACUUCUCCGUCAUCAAUGUUAAUGGCAAAGUAGUUUUCAACCUUCAGGCCUCUCUCAUGUCCAUCAAUGAUCACCGUGUCUUGCUAGACGCCGCCGGAAAACCUAUCGUCACGCUGCGCCAGAAGAUAAUGACAACACAUGAUCGAUGGCAAGCUUUUCGGGGUGAAAGCACACAGCCAGAAGAUUUAAUCUUUAGUGUAAAGAGACCAUCCAUGUUCCAAGUAAAGACCAAAUUGGAGGUGUUCUUAGCUAACAAUACCAGAGAACAAGUUUGUGACUUUAAGAUCAAAGGAAGCUGGUUCGAGCGAUCUUGUGUUGUUUAUGCUGGUGAAUCUCUUACCAUUGUUGCCCAGAUGCAUAAGAAGAACACAGUUCAAAGUGUAGCCAUUGGGAAAGAUAGUUUCAUGCUCACAGUGUAUCCCAACAAUGACUAUGGAUUCAUAGUGGCACUGAUUCUAAUUCUUGACGAAAUCAACCAAGACAAGAGACGGCAAGCUCAGAAUUGAUUGAUUACCUGAGCUUUUUGUCUAUAUAUAAUUUCCUCUGGGGGACGGUUCUCUGAGGUUUUUUUUUUCAAAACAUAAAUCUUGACAUAGUGAAUAGAUUUCCUAGCCAUCAUCUUGUAUAUGUGUUAAUUUAACUUUUAAUAUUGUAUA